UCCCUGAAGCCAACCUGCACGUGAACUUUCCUUACCCCUCGAAGGGGCGCGGUUCCCGAGGGUGGAGUCCACACCUUCUGCUCUGGGAACAUUCACCACAUGUGAGCUCGCUCUUUGGCUUAUCCGCGGCGCCACCCGUCGUUGCUGCGCGUCUCUUCAUCGCGGGGCUCUCCGCUCUCGUUUGGAGAACUCGCUUGACCCACCCGCUCCAGGUCAGGGAUCCGAGUUUGGGAAGAAAAAAAAAAGAAGAAGAAAAAAAAAAGAUGGACCCCGGGAGCCCGGACACCUCGCUCGCGACGCCGUCCGACAAGGACCUGAGCGCCGGACCGCAGCGUGUGCUGCACCAGGUCAACACCAUGAAGAGGACCAAGUCGAAGUACAGGAACGGCGCCACGACGAGUCCCACAAGCCCUGCUCCACAGAGUUUAAAAACUUCUGACUUUGGAUUGUUCAAGUAUAGGGCAGCCAGCACCUACCGCCGCACCAACUCCAGCGGGUCAGCCGCUCUGCACAAUAGGAAGAGUAAAAGUAUGAAGGGAAGAUUAGUCAGCUCUAACAUGGAACAAGUCAACACUUCAUCCUGGACAAAAAGCCCCAAUGGGCUGACCCCCAGUCGGAGUGACCCCACUUUGACUUCAGCUUCUCAUCUUGCUCCAGCACCUAGCAUGAAAGCCAAAAGGCAGAACAGCUCAAGUCAAAUUCAAGUUACUAAAGAGUCUCGUUCAACAUUUAAUGGCCCGACUUUCACUGAGAGUCAAACACGCAUUUUACAGCAACCUUCCACCCAGUCUCAAACUGAUGGCAAGUUGGGCACCAUUAGGGUGUCCGAAAUCAAGCAGUCGUCCAUGGUGGACUCUACAGGAAACAUGCAAGUUAAUAUAACCCUAAGAGAGGCCGUGAAAUACCUUUCGGACACUGAUGUGGAUAUCCAGAAACUUGGGGCCAACUAUAUCCAGCAUGUCAGCUUCAAAGACGAUUCAGCCAAAGGCGAGGUAUUCCAACUUGGGGGAAUUCCACCUUUGGUGAAUAUGCUGGACAGCACCGACUCAAAAUUACAAUUGGCUGCUUCAGGUGCUCUGAGAAAUCUUGCCUACAAGAACUUAAAGAAUAAGAUGGCAGUUCACCAAUGCGGUGGCACAGCUAAAAUCCUGAACCAAAUGAAGAAUACAAAGUCUUCUGAAACACAGAAACAACUCGCUGGCCUUCUCUGGAACCUGUCUUCCGCUGAAGAACUGAGGUUGGAACUAAUUUCAACAGCACUUAUCGCUGUGACUAAGAAUGUGGUGGUGCCAUUUAACUUCCCACAGAAUGACUCAGAACUUGUAGAUCCAGACGUUUUCUAUUUUGCCACCGGCUGCUUGAGGAACCUGAGCAGCGGCUCAGCACAGGACAGGCAAAAAAUGAGACUAUGUCCAAAACUUAUUGAGGCCCUGGUGACAUACAUAAAUACAUCAACUGUGAAACAGGACACACAAGAUGACAAGCCUGUUGAGAACUGUGUGUGUAUUCUCCAUAACUUGACAUACCAACUAUGGCAAGAGUGUCCAGAGGCUUCAUUCUCUGAUGAGAAGAUUGAAAGUCAGAAGACAGACGAUAGGAAAAGCUCCACAGUUGGAUGCUUCAGUCCGAGAAGCAGAAAAAUGAAAGAUGAGAUUUUCUUAAACCCAGACACAAUAUCAUCAGAGGUGAAGUGGCUGUACAAUUCAAAAGCCAUAGAUGCGUAUGUGUCGCUGCUCAAGUCGUCCCAAAUCGAUGCCAUUAAGGAGGCCUGCUGUGGUGCCAUGCAGAACCUCACUGCGGGCAAAGAAAAUGAGUCUGUAGCUAUGAGUGAGGCUUUGCUCAAGAAACUUGAGGAGAAUCUACACCUGUCCAGUCUGUUGUGGUCCAAAGUUACUGCAAAGCCAUUUGCCUGUCUUCUGGAUAACAUGUCUCGCAAAUCCAGUUUGCAGUCCCUGAUGGCACAGAAGAUUUUGCCUGUAUUUGGGAAUGUUUUGUCUAAUGGAGAGUGGCGCAAGCAAGCUGAUGCUGAUGCUGUUGCAACCAUUUGCAAGGUGUUACCUAGACUGCUGAUUGUAGACCAGAACAUCACCAAGAAUGUCAUAAAUCCAGAAGUGAUUAGAGGACUGAUAGAGUUUCGUGAGAAACGUCCCGAAGACAGUGGAACCCAGGCAGCCUCAGAACUGCUACACAACUUAUGGACAGAUAAGAUUCUGAGAAGCACCGUAAAACAUCUGAAAUUUACCAAAACCAUAUAUAUUAAUUCAAGCAAAUAAGGAGCAGACAAGGAGGCCAAUAAUUCAAGGGUGGAAUUACCACCCAAAGAUUAAUAAGAGAAGGAAACCCGUCCUGAUCAGAAGCUUCUGCAGCCACACCCUUAAUAUCUUCACUGCCAACCUUGUUGGAGGAGCCAAUGAGUUAUGUCCUUCUUACAAUAUGUAUAUAAAAUGGAGUUAUUCAAGCAACUCAUGAAUAAUCAAAAGUUGCUUGUAAUUUAAUUUGACAAUAUUUGUGCGUUUCAGUAAGCUAGGUGUGAGAGCUAGAUGUGUGUUAGUGCUAAAAUCAAAUUCACGCAGCCUUCAAUACACAUAAACAAAUCACGGAUUGUGUCUUGCAGCGAUUCUGAAGAGUCACAAGUUGCAUCGCUGUAAAAUAUUACAAUGUUAUCAGUUUAGACAUAUAUGUCAGAAACAUGAAAAAAGUUCAUAUGUUUUGUUCUUUGUUUUUUUUUAUGGGUACAUGGAAAAUUGUUUUUAGUAAUAGCAAGCAAAAAAUAAAUAAAAUAAAAAUAAAAAUUGAGGUCAAAAUAAGUUAACCACCAGCUCAUAUUAUGAAUAGAAUAGUCGGAAAAUAUCAUGUUCACAUACAAAAAAAUUAUUUGUUGUUAAUGUCAAAAAUGCCAUGUUCCUGUAAUUGUAUAUGUAUAUAUAUCUAUACAUGUUAUUCUAUGACAAAAGAAAAAAUAACAUGCGUAUAAACAUGGUAUUAUCAAUGUGUGAAAGGUCCAUAUUUCACACAUGGAUCUGGCUACUACUCAUUUUGCUUCUUUGCCAUUUCAUACAGUUUGAUCCCAUCCUUCCCUUUUUUGAAGUUUUGUGACGAGAUGUUUGCUAUGCUCAUUCAGCAACAUUUCCACACACAUUAAUUCUAUUUCUUCUUCAACAAUCACAACUUCUUUAAAGUCUUGUUACACUAAAUGAUCUACAACAGCUAUAAGAUUCAGCUCAUCAUUUUCUUCCAGGUGUGAAAUGGAAGUGAGUUGGGACAAAUUGGCAGUGUGUGGCGACUAAACUGGAGUGUGACUUUGCAAAGGAGCAAUUUGACUAGCUGCUUGCUCUCUCUUAACAGACAUUAACCAACAAUUAAAACCUGGCCUCUCUUAAAUCUUAUAAAAUGCACCUCUUUGUACUGCUACAGCUUGUUUAUGCUGUGUGAAACACAACUAGAGAGACAUCUCUUGACACAUUCCUGUAAUUUUAAAGUGUUUAUAUAGUAUACAAAGCUUCUUUUCAUUUUUCAGUUUUUUGUGGACCAUUUUUAAAGUGGAAAAUAUGCCACUUCUGAUUUUACGCUUUUGGCUCACACAAACACUACAGUUUUACGAGUGGUCUUCAAUGGAUACUUGGUUUCUUAAAAUGUGCAGUAGCAAGGUGGUAAGGGGAUUCUUUUUUUUUUUCAUUGGCCUGUCAUUGAAUGUGCAUAUUAUGUCAUUUGUAUUUCUGAUGCACGUUCGUGUUUUUUCAACAUUGACUUGAAUUUUUGUGAAAAAGCAGAAAAAAUUGAGGCAAAGUGGUAGCAUGAGCAGUGGUGUGAGAAAAGGAGCAGAACUCCUUUUCUGCUGCACAACAGUAAAGAGUCAGGCCUGUCAGCCACUGCCUUAUAGCAGGUGGAGCCAGCAGUAAUGGAUGUUGGCAACUCUCUCUUAAGUGUCCAUCGAUGUAAUUUAGCUAAUUGCAGAGCUGAAAAUAAAAAAAAAAGACUGUUCCCUUUUAUGUUAGCAUAAUGAACUAUGAGCUAAGCUCAAAUCAUCGAGCAGGAGGAAGACACGUUUAAAUUUUUUUUUUGUCCAACUCAUAUGUUUUCUCUCUGUCUUGCAACCUUACAGCGUUAUGGGAUCUUCACAGGGUAUCUGUUUUGACAGAGCUAUUUCUUUGGGGGAAAAAAACCCAAACAUGUUUCCGGUUGGUGCAGAUUGUGUAACAAACAAUAAAAGACAUCUCAUCUAUUGGUUAAAGUGGUUGGCAGCUGUUAGGAUUUCCUAUCAACCCAAAGUGAAAAACAUUGGUCAUUUUUAUACUUGGCUGUAUUAAGGUUCCUCUGCCUUAGGCUCAAUCACCUUCAGUAUUGUUUGGGAGAAUUGUGUACGUUAUAUUUUAGUAGCUUUGUUAUUAAGUUGUUACUUUACGUGCAAAAAUAAACAGCUAUGCAAGC